AUGUCGAAAAGACUGGCAGUUGCUACAUUGCUUUAUUCCCUGGAUUAUUUGCCCGGUGUAUUUACUUUAGGUCAUCAAAUUAAUAAAUUAUUACGAGUCAGACCUGAUUCUGGCAAUAUUGACACUUGUUUAUUGGUGACAGAAUCAUUAUAUAAUGAUGAAUUGACGGUAGACUCCAAAAAUGCUUUGCACACUCUAUAUCGUAGAGUGAUCUUAAUCAAUCCGUUGAUGGAAAAUGAUAUCAUCAUGGAAAGGAAUAAUGGGAACCUCGACAUGUUAAAGAGACCUGAAUUGGCAUUCACAUUAAUCAAAAUUAAACUUUGGAACCAAGUCAUGUACGACCAGAUUUUAUACUUGGAUGCAGAUACUCUUCCGAUGACUGGAGAUUUGUUCAAUUUGUUUGAACAGCAUCAAGACCAAAGUUGUCUACAGGUAGCUGCUGCACCAGAUAUUGGAUGGCCCGAUAUGUUUAAUAGUGGUGUUAUGUUAUUGACCCCAAAUGAAGAGUUAUACCACCAAUUGCAUAUUUAUACAAUUGACCAUGUUUCAAUCGAUGGUGCAGACCAAGGUAUACUAAACCAAUUCUUUAAUCAGAAUUGUAGAGAUCAAACUUCAAACGUUAAUAGAGAAUGGCAAGUUUUAUCGUUUUUAUAUAACGUUACUACUCCAAACACUGGUUAUCAAUGUCCUCCUGCCAUGAAAUAUUUUAAUAAAGAUAUUAAAUUGAUUCAUUUUAUUGGUAAUAAUAAACCUUGGAGAAUUAAUCUACAUGUUGAUUCGGAGAACAGUAAUUACGCCAAAGAAUGGUAUAAUGUCUACGAGGAAUAUAUAUGCGAUCGCAUUUUAGAUCAAGGUCUUGUGAAUUUACGUAUCAAAGAAGUGCAACCUUAUCACGAUGAAGUCGAACCUGAAGUCAAUUAUGACAAUAACGAUCAAGGGUGUUGUUAUGAUGAAGAGGAGCAACAUCAUGAAAAUCAACAACCAGAACAACAACAUCAGUCAUUUGAAGAACAAAAGCAUGAAGUAGAAAUAAAAAAUCAGGAUGUUGAAGAGGAUCAUGCACCAGCUGAACCGGAAAAAAUUGACUUACCAUUACAGUUUAAGGAUUGGUUAACCACAUUUAUUACGAAAGAAGAUGAGCCAGUACGUAUACGACAAGAUGAUAACAACGACUUUGUUAACGACGCAUCAAACGAUACCAGUACUCCCUCUAAAGAAAUAAAAGAAGAACAACCAAUAAGUCGCGAGCCUCGAGUUUAUGAAAGACAAUCUGAAUACGUUGAACGUCAAUUCACAGAAACAGGGUUCUUCAAUAACUCCGAGCAGCAAGAUCAAGAGUCAAUUAUUUCGGAAGACGAACAGUCCCCAGAUCAACCAAAAGAGAAACAAACACAAGAUUUUACUUCAAAAGAGUCUGUUUCUUCGCCACCACCAGAACCUGAAUAUGUACCAAACUAUAAAUUUGGUUGGGAAGAUACAGGAUAUCAAAAAACUGUUCAAAGAAUAUUCCCUACUGAUAUUUUCGAGUAUGAAGUCGGAGAGAAACAAAAUGAAGAAGGUGAAAUUGAUGAUAUCGCCAUUGAUAGAGAAAUACAGACGGCUAAACUAAGAAGAGUAAUUGCAGAAAAGGAGGAAGCUGAAGAAGAGGAAGAGGAAGAAGACAUACAGGAACGUUCUUUGAUAAACGAAGAAAAGGAAGAUGAGGAAGAAGAAGAUGAAGAAUUAUCUGAUUUAGAAGACAAAGAAGAAAAAAAUGAUAAAUUUAUGCAUAUAAAGGAAAUAUUAUCCAACGGCUCUGAUGAUAUUAAAAAGUAUAGUUAUCCACCAGCCAGCAGGCAAUUCCCUGACGACAACACUCCGCUGAUUCAUCAGACAAUUCCUGAGGAACCAUCUGAUUACAACGAGGACUAUGGUGAUGAGUGA